UACUAGUGGGACUCGUUCGACGUUCGACGACUUUGCUCUCCCCUGUCAACAAACGCUUUCCUUUACCAUGCGUUCGUCGUCUAUGCAUAUCCUUGCUGUUCGUUCAUGCUGCGAUAACGUCUUUUCAUCCUAUUAUUAUGGGCUUUUUCCUCUUUCUCCUUGUCAGCGCUGACUUGACUGAUACCUAUUCGUGUGUUACCCCUCCCUCCAUGUUACCCUCUCUCGCUGACCACCAGAUAAUCGUUCCUCUCGACGCUUCGUUUCUAGUUGUUAUCUGGGGUGUACUUCUGCCUUCUCCAGCUACCUGUACAGCGUCGCUCUUCCUUACUAUUUGUUGGCUAUGCGACGGGGCCAUAUACACAGUACACACUCCUUGGUAAUGUUCAUCGCUUUCUCCUGUCUCUGAAGGCAGAGGAUGGAAAAUAGUUUCCAC